AUGGCGCAAGAAACACCAGAGCCCGUCAGCAUCCCAGACCCCCGAAAGGACGGAAAAGAGGGAAAGAAGCUGUACCUCUGGUCGAGGUCAACCCAAGGGCCCGUGGGCGAGGGCGCACCCGGCUCAGAGACAUCACCAUCACCAUCACCAUCACCACCGACGACAGCAGCAGCGGCGGCAGCGGCAGCAGCAGCAUCGAAGCCCGACCCCAAGGAUUUCCAGGCCAACUUCCCCGUGCAGGAGGGCGCCGCUGCCGCGCAGAAGCCCACCACGGCCUGGGAGGUCGUCAAGAACAUCAAGUCGGAGGAUUUCACAACGUUCGCGCAGGCGCCUUGCGCGAGGGACGGCUUGCUCACGGGUAUCGCGGCGGGAUUCGUCGUGGGCGGGUUGAGAUUGGUCUUUAAGGGCACCAUUGGCAAGGCCUCAAACUGGGCCGUUGGCAGCUUCCUGCUCGGUGCGGCCGGCCGCCAUGAGUACUGCCAGUACGAGCGCCUCCAGGAGCGCAUCAGGAUGAAGAGGACGGUCGAGGUCUACCAGGAGACCAUGGCCGAGAAGCGCCGCAAGGAGGCCGCGGCGGCGCUGGAGCAGAAGAAGUCCGAGGAGGUCGCAAAGGCUAGCCAGAAGGCUUGGUAUAAGUUCUGGUGA